GCUUAUGUCAUAUCUUUGCUAGAAAUUCUCGUUCUCCACUCCUAAUACCUUAAUGAGUGUUUCUUAAACAGUCAUUAGUAGUAGUAGUACCUUUUCCUUUCUUGUCUCGGAUGUUCCAAAUUUGCAGUAAAUUAUUAAAUAACCUUCUUGUAUGAACAUAUCUCAUUUGUGUAAACAUGAGCAAUACCAUGAGGCCAAGGAUGAAAGUCAUGUUUUACUUGGUUUAUGACAGAGGUUAGAUUACUAAACCCUAGAGCUAGCUUCUACAUGCUUAAUUUUCUCUCCUAUUAGUAUAUAAUAAUUUCUGUAGUACAGUAUUAAGAAAAAAGAUGGAGUUUGACAAGUUAUGUGGGAAAUCAAAGAAAGGAUUAAUCACCAAAACAUGGAAGCGAUGCACAUCUUUUGGAAGUUUUGGUCGGAAAAAUAAUCAACAUUCACUAAGCAUCAAAAGUAAGUCAUGGACAGAAGGCCUUAGUACAGGGACAGGGAAAAAAAAUCGAGUUGUUCCCGAAGGUUGUUUUUCUGUCUAUGUAGGACAUCAGAGACAGAGAUUUGUAAUCAGAACAAAAUAUUUGAAUCAUCCACUGUUUAGGAUGUUGCUUGAAGAAGCUGAGUCAGAGUUUGGUUACAGUAGUGAAGGUCCUUUAGUUCUCCCUUGUGAUGUUGACACAUUUGAAAAGCUUUUGAUGGAGAUGGACGACUCUGAUGAGCUUGAUCAUCGUCGCGGUUGCAGCUUUGCUGCGAAGACUCAUGACUUCUAUUAUCGCCUUCUUAGUCCUACAACAUCUGCUUUCAAUAAGUUUUCCUUCUAAUUAAUUGAGGGUUGAUUUCUCAGAUGGUCACUCGAUUAGCAGUUACUAUAUCA